AUGUCAGUUAGGAUCAUGGUUUGUUGUUGUGUUGUUGUCAGCCAGCUUGUCAGCAGAUUUUUUCAGCUGAUAUUCUCUGUGUUUCCCGAUUACAAUAUGAUCCGGCAAGGCAGUAUAGACGACAUAAACCAGCAACAGUUCUUAAAAGUUUCCAAUUAUGAAGACACCGUGAGGCAGCUAGACAUAUAUUAUGCUAUUGUGAAAAGACAACUCCUUAGACACCAGAGCCCCAUCACAGGGCUAUUCCCAGUACUGUCCUCAGACUUGCACAUUGGCAGUGUAAGAGAUAGCAUCUAUUGUGCAGCAGCAGUAUGGGGCCUUUACCAAGCAUACAGACGCAUAGACGAUGACCGCGGCAAGUCGCACGAGCUAGGUCAAAGCACAGUGAAAUGCAUGAGGGGCAUCCUAGAAUGUUGGGUGAAGCAGUCGGCGCGGGUGGAAGCCUUCAAGACGCGGCAGAGCGCCGCGCACGCGUUGCACGUCAAGUUCCACCUCACCACUGGGGAGCCGGUGCUGACGGAUGAGCAGUACCACCAUCUGCAGAUUGAUGUUGUCUCCCUCUAUCUGCUGUUUCUUGUGCAGAUGAUCACAUCUGGGCUGCAGAUUAUUUAUACUCAGGAUGAGGUGGCGUUUGUCCAGAACCUGGUGUACUACGUGGAGCGCGCGUACCGGACGCCCGACUACGGCAUGUGGGAGCGCGGCUCCAAGUACAACGACGGCACCCCAGAGAUUCACGCCUCUUCUAUAGGUAUGGCGAAGGCGGCUCUCGAAGCCAUCAACGGCUGCAACCUGUUCGGGGACAAGGGCGCGUCGUGGAGCGUGGUGUACGUGGACAUAGAUGCUCAUAACCGCAACCGCAGCAUCUUCGAGACCAUGCUGCCCAGGGAGUCUAGCUCUAAGGGUGUAGACGCGGCAUUACUGCCCACGAUAUCGUUCCCCGCGUUCGCCACACACGAGGAGCAUUUAGUCCAGUUGACGAAGAGCAACCUGCUGCGGCGGCUGCAGGGCAAGUACGGGUUCAAGCGGUUCAGCAGAGACGGCUACAAGUGUGUGCUGGAGGACACUAAUAGAAGAUACUACCACGAGGGCGAGCUGAAGGAGUUCGACGGCAUCGAGUCGGAGUGGCCGCUGUUCUACGUGAUGAUGAUCAUCGACGGCGUGUUCCGCACGCUGCCCGAGCAGGUCGAGGAGUACCAGCGACUGCUGAAGGCCAGGAUCUAUAUGGACGAAAAUGGAGAUCCCGUGAUUCCCUGGUACUACUACGUGCCGCGCGAGGGUGUGGAAAAUGAGAGGAGUGAGCCCAACUCCGUGCGACGAAUACCUGCAAGCAUACCCGAUGAUAGUGAGAAUAAAGACACAGGGGGCCUAUUCCUGUGGGCGCAGUCCAUGUUCGUGCUGGCGCAGCUGCUGACGGGCGGGCUGCUACACGUCAACGAGCUCGACCCCAUCCGCCGGUAUCUGCCGUCGUACAACCGGCCGAGGCGGGGCGGGCGGUACUCGGCGUUUCAGGCCAAACCGGCAUUUGGCAUAGCGACAGACCUGGUGGUGCAGGUGGUGCUGAUCGCGGAGUCCAUGCGGCUGCAGGCCAUGAUGGGCACGUACGGCAUCCAGACGCAGACGCCGCACGAGGUGGAGCCCGUGCAGAUCUGCAGCUCGACGCAGCUGGUGCAUGUUUAUCGGGAGCUGGGCGUGUGCUCCAAGCUGAAGCUCACGGGGCGACCCAUCCGGCCUGUGGGGUCACUGGGUACUAGCAAGAUCUACCGCGUGUCGGGCAUGACGGUGCUGUGCUACCCGCUCAUCUUCGAGGUGUCGGAGUUCUACCUGUACCGCGACAUGGCGCUGCUCAUCGACGACAUCAAGACCGAGCUGCAGUUUGUUGGCAAAUACUGGCGACUCUCGGGGCGUCCCACGGUCUGUUUACUGGUGCGCGAGGAGCACAUGCGCGACCCGCACUUCAAGCAGAUGCUGGAUCUGUUCGCCAUGUUGAAGAAGGGACACUGUGAUGGAGUGAAAGUGCGCUUGGGACGCCUGCAGAACUUGAUAUCGAGCUCUUGCAUGGAGCACCUCGACUUCAUGAGCCAGGGCGAGUUCCCCUCGGAGAUAUUCACGCAGUUCAAACAGCUACAACACGAGUACAUCGGCUACCAGUCGCUGACCGACGUGCCGCGCGCCGCCGCCCGCGCCGACGCCGCCGUCUGCCUCGCCGACUACAAGCACAGGUCUACACCCGACAUCGUGUCCGCUUUAAGAGGAAGUGACAAUAUCUUCGCUCAAUGCCAACUGUGGGGCAUAUUGAAGGAGCGAGAAGGACCCAUGUAUGAGGUGAACGGCAAAACGGCGCUCGAAGCGCUAAAAGGCCUGUACCACGCGGCCGGCGUGCUGCGCGACUGGCGCGCCGUGCGCUACUGCUCCUCGCUGCUGAGCCACACCGUGGACUCCAUCAGCCCCUUCAUCACCACCGUGCUGGUCAACGGGAAGCAGUUGACAGUGGGCGUGAUCGGGCAGAAGGAGACGGUGUUCGACAAGCCGAUGACCCCCGGCGAGAUCCAGUCCGUCAUGUACUCCACCAUACAGCCCUAUGACGUCAUCGGGGCUGUGCUGCAACAGGAAGUAGUCCUCUACUGCGGCCGGCUAAUCGGCACGAACCCGGACAUGUUCCGCGGCAUCCUCAAGAUCCGCGUGGGCUGGGUGCUCGAGGCCAUCCGCACCUACCUGCGGGUGUGCCCGGAGGAGGGGGGUGAGGGGGGAGAGGGGGGCGACCUGGAGGCGCUGAGCCCCUACCGCCUGCGCUCGCUGUUGCAGCGCGCGCUGACGGUCAGCGAGUGGGCUGAUGAGCAAGGAUUGACUCCCUUACAAAGGCGGAAAUUAGAAGGCAGCCUGUGCAGAGUCCCCAAGCACUUCUACAUUCAAGUUUGGGAUAUACUACUGCGGACACCCAAGGGAAUUAUAGUGCAGGGCCACGCCAUCCCUGCGCAGCCAACCCUGGUGAACAUGUCCCGAUCGGAACUGUCGUUCGCGCUACUGGUUGAAGAAGCUUUGGUCCAGGUGUCAGCGCCGGAGCGGCGACAACUAUGCGUGGAGUUGCUCUGCGUGUGCGGCGCCAUCUUGCGGCGCAACCCCGAGCUGCGGCUGCGCCACGCGCUGCGCCUCGACGACCUGCUCGACGACGCCGCCGCCACCUAUGCGAAGGACACGGGCUCGCCGGAGUCGUGCGACAGCCUGGCCAGCGCGGCGGCGGCGGUGACGGUGGGCUACCUCGCGCGGGCUGUCGUCAACAGCGUGUUGCAGGCCGCCGCGCCCGACUUCGUGCCCGCCGCGCAUGACAACUGCCUUGUCGCUUAGGUAUAUAGGUACCUACUACGGUUGAUGAGAGAUGGAUACAAAAGAGGGUUGCGCAUGACAAGAUGACAACUGCCUUGUCGCUUAGGUAUACCUACUGCGGUUGAGAUGGCUACAUAUAGCGGCAAAAUGUUGUCGUGAGGAGCAUGUGAGAGAAGAGAGUGGAUGUUUUCGUCUACGCCACAUUAUUGUUCCUUGAAAGAAGCAUGCUGUGAAGGGAAAUCACGAAGACAGUAUGGCUUAUCUAAUGAUUGCAAAGGCAAUGAAAGUAGUUGAGGUCGAAAUGACGAAGCUGCUAUUCAAUUUUACUGUUAGAAGUUACGAAUAUUUCUUAUUGUUAUAGAUUUUAUAUCAAUGUUGUUUUUAGAAAAUAUGUUUAUAAUGUGAUGGCAGAAGACUAUGAACUGUUUAUAUUAGGUAUUAAUUAAGGCAUUAGUAAUUAAGUUUAAUAGUGCCAUACUAGAUAACUGUGAUAGAUGUUUUUCAAACAUAUUUUUUCUCGAAGUGGUCAAUAAAAAUCCGAUAGGUAAUCGGAUUCAAAAUGAAUUUAGGCGUGGAAAAACUUUACACUAAAAGACAUACAUUUGUAUUAUUUUAUAAGCGAUCAUGGUGAUAUUCAUAUUACUAUGUGAAUAAAAACUAUUUCAUAAACUGAA